UAAUGGAUUUGAUUCAUGGAUGAUGGCUUGGCCACCAGGAUUUUGCUUGCAUGAACAGUGUGCGGCAACAGUACCGAAACCGUAUAAAUUCACGGUUCAUGGUUUAUGGCCAUCUACGUACCGGUGGUCACUGCCAUUACAGUGCACAAGGACGCCAUUGGAUCUUUCCAUGGUAAGGUGA